GCAUGCAUUCCCGAACUGCUGGCCUCCCGACGAGCUGGCUGUGCAGAUAGUCUGAGGGAAGAGGUUGCUGCAGCAAAAAGUGGGUUACAUACAUUACAGACAGUACGGCUCUGCCCUUGGAAACGAAAGGCCCAUAAUUUAAGAAAACGCCCCGGGAAGAGCGGGGCCGGGCCAGCCCAGCAUUCUGUCACAGCUCAUUUGGACCUUCGUAGGGGCGUCCUGCGAAGAGCCAUGGGGGUGUUGAUGUCCAAGCGGCAGACAGUGGAGCAGGUGCAGAAGGUGAGCCUGGCCGUGUCUGCUUUCAAGGAUGGGCUGCGGGACAGGCCUUCCAACCAACGCACAGGUGAGCUUCCAGGGUCCCACCAUGACACUGUAGAGGGCUCUGUCCAGGAGGUGCAGGAGGAGAAGGAAGCAGAGGCAAGCACCUCCGUGCUCCAAGAAGAGAGCAGCAUCAACCGUGCAGCCUGGGAGAGGCUCCGAGACGGGCGCGGAGUGGAACCUGAGGAGUUUGACAGGAACAAUCGUUUUACCCCUCCUGCCUUCACCCGCCCUACCCGGAAGCUGGACGAUGACAAGCCUCCAGAUAUCUGCUUGGAACCCAGAGAGCCUGUCGUCAGUGAUGAGAUGUGUGAUGUCUGUGAGGUCUGGACGGCCGAGAGCCUCUUCCCGUGCAGGGUCUGCACCAGGGUUUUUCAUGAUGGCUGCCUGCGUCGCAUGGGCUACAUCCAAGGAGACAGUGCAGCAGAGGUGACCGAGAUGGCACACACGGAAACAGGCUGGAGCUGCCACUACUGUAACAAUCUCAACUUGCUGCUCACCGAGGAGGAGAUGUACAGCCUCACAGAGACCUUUCAGCAGUGCAAAGUCAUCCCUGAUUGCUCUCUGACGCGGGAGGACUUCCUGCGCUACCGCCACCAAGCAGCAAAGCGGGGGGACAGUGACAGGGCUUUAAGCGAGGAGCAAGAGGAGCAGGCAGCCCGCCAGUUUGCAGCCCUGGACCCUGAACAUCGAGGACACAUAGAGUGGCCUGACUUCUUGUCCCAUGAGUCCCUCCUGCUUCUGCAGCAAUUGCGUCCCCAGAACUCUCUGUUAAGGCUUCUGACAGUCAAGGAGCGGGAGCGAGCCCGGGCCACCUUCCUGGCGUGGGGCAGUGGGGGCACCAUCAGUGAGGCAGAGUGCCACCGCGCACGGCACUCCUGGUUCCACAAACUCCUCCCAGAGGCUCCUUCCUCCAGUGUCAGCAUCAGCCAUGUGGGUCCCAUAGCAGACAGCAGCCCAGCCAGCAGCAGCAGCAAGAGUCAGGACAAGGCCCUGAUGCCCAGAGAGCGUGAAUCCAGAUCUGUGGACUGGCCUACCUUCCUGCGGGAGAAUGUCAUCUACAUCUUGGCUGCCCGCCCAAACAGCGCAGCCAUUCACCUGAAACCCCCAGGAUAGCAUGGAGCAGAGAAUUCUGGGACAGUGGUGUUCUCUCCUUUUCCCUUCUCCCUCUCCCCCACCAACCUCUGGUACUGAGGCUUAGGAGGAUGGAGCACUGCCAGCAUCUCAGUUUUUCACCAAGUUAUGGCACUGAAAUCACCAUUCCCCUCACAGCAGAGGCAGUAAACGCACUGCCACAGGGAGACGCCCUGGGAGCUGUGGCAGCACCCAGUCCCGGACACACCCACCCACCUCCACAUGAUAGACGGGACCCACCACUGCACAUGUAUACGCCUGCACACUCACCCCUUGCAGCCCAUGCCUUCAGAGACCUGGUUUUUUUGGUUUAAAAAGACCAAAGUUCCUUUGUGAAGCCACUGGUAUAGAUGAGGGGUCUUGACUCACCCCAUUCUAUUGGCCAGUUCCAAUUCCAUUAGAUAAGACACUGGCCAAGCGAUUCUUAAUAAGGGGCAUAUCAGACCCACGAGCUGUCCUGGAGAUGCUGACAGGUUCCCUUUCCCCCAUUGAAAAUCCCUCCUGUGCUGAGCCACUGUUCUAGUAGGUGUGUGCUAUGUCCCUCAGGGGUGUUGGGGUGGGAAAUGGUUAAAAACCACCACUGCACUUCAGCACAUGAUGUACUUAAAUUCCAAUUCCUGGUAACAGAGAAGGUAACGAGUCUGUGGAGCCCUAAUUAGAAAAGGGGGAGGCAGUCCCUCCCAGGGACCCAGAAGUCUAGGAACGUCUCAGCCAGGUCAUUCGAGUCCUUUAAAAGUCUUUAGAAGAGCUGCCAAAAAUCAGGGUGAGCCAUCCUGGCCCUUGUUUUUCAGAUGCGAGCUCAUGGCCCAGAGCCCACGGGGCCUGAAUGGAAUAGUUAUGAUGGCAGGAGUCACCGCCCUCUGUGGUACAUGCUUCACCCAAGUCAGCCACCAGGGAGACCUGCAGCCUGAGCUCCGGUGAGGACAAGGUCUGGAUGGAAGAAAAGAGGCGAGGGCUCGUGCUUUUCCGUCCUUCCAGCUCAACUCAACUGUAGACCUAGAGAAGUGUGCCAUUGUGUGGGGAACAGAGCCAGCCUCUUCCGCAGACCAAGAAAGAGCAGCUCCACAGAAACUCUGAGGAGGGACUUCUUUCAACCACCCUGGCAAAGAGGGUAAGAGGCUGGAUCGAAGACGAGGAUCUGCAUCCCAGCUCUCUUAAGCAGAUAAAAUUCCAGCAAAGCCUCACAGAAGGACUCAGUUUUCUCUUCUCCCCAUCACUGAGGUACGGCCUGAGUUGCUACUUCUCCCCACUGUUUGCUACACGUUCUUCUCCACCGGGAUAAGGCCUGGGCCUAGAAUGGGAGACCUUGGGGGACAAGCAGGGGCUGCCACAAGGCCACCAAGCCUGGCCUCCACGCCCAGCAAUCCUUCCUAAGUUCUCAAGUCGGUGCCUGUUGUGGGUCAGCCCUGGUCCUUGGGUUCAGGUUUCUGUUUCCAACCUAAUGGCAGGUUUAGCCAGAUCUGACUACCAAGAGGUAUUUGAGAGGGGGUUGGCUCUAUAUGCAGAAGCUAACAUAUCUCCAUUGCUCAAGUGAUUUGUACUAAAUUAGGUGUUUACAAAAGCAGCAGCAUACAGCUCAUUGUUGAGGUGCAUAGAGGAAAGAGGGGAGCCACA